AUGAACAACAUCAAGAAACGCCUCGAUUCGAGAAAAGAAAUUUGGUUGUACGAGAUCAACGCAGUCUUGUGGGCUUGCCGCACGACACCGCACAAAGCCACAAAAGAAACACCAUUUUUGAUGGCAUACGGCGUCGAAGCAGUAAUCCCAGCAGAAAUCAAAGUCACAAGCCUUCGAAGAGACCAAUGUUCCGAUAGCCCAGAACUCAACGAAGAGAUGCUAAGGGACAGACUGGACUUAAUCGAAGAAAAGCGAGAUCAAGCAUUGGUCCGCAUUCAGAAUUAUCAAAACGCCGCAGCUCGCUAUUAUAAUUCUAACGUUAAACAUCGAAGGUUCAAAGUAGACGACCUAGUCCUACGAAAAAUCUUCGACGACAAAGAUCCAGGAGGAAAACUCCGACCACCCUGGAACGGCCCCUUCCGUAUAACAGAAGUAGUACGCGAUAGCGUCUACAAGCUCUACGAUUACGUGAAGAAGGUACACGAACCGCGCCCUUGGAACGCAGCCAACCUAAAACGAUACUACUACUAA